CGGAGACUUCAGUUGUGCAAGACCGAGGUGAUAUACCACAAUGAUCGGAAGACUGGCUGCUGUGAUUCUUCUCAGUACUUUGUCUCAAACCAUAAAGAUGCCUCAACCGAUCUCUGUGACUGUGGUUAAACCGGGUGACACUGUGACUCUGGCAUGUUUGUUUACCAAAGAUGAAGCUGGAUUGUUGAACUGGUACAAGAUGAAGUUUGGAUUCAUGGUCCAAACAGUUGCAGCAGGAAGUUUUGACAAAGUUAUCCUAGUAGAGCAAUUUGACAACUCAAGAUUUACCAUCACCAAGGAGGGUUAUCUGAACUUUCUCAUCAUCAGAAAUGUAAGCAAAGAAGAUGAAGCAACGUACUUCUGUCAAGUGGGAACUCCGUACACGUUGAAAAUAACGAACGGUACAAUAGUAGCGGUGAAUGAUCAUAAAAACCACCAGAACCUGGUCUAUGUGAAACAAAGACCGGAGGCGCAGUCGGUCCAGGCGGGCGGCUCAGUGAAGCUCCAGUGUUCACUUCUCUCCAAGUCCAAAGAAAACAGAGAGCAGUGUCCAGGUGAACACAGUGUGUACUGGUUCAGAGCUGCAGCAGGAGAAGCUCAUCCAGCUGUUAUUUACACUCAAAGCCACAGAAGUGAAGAAGAAGAGAAGAGAAGCUGUGUCUACAAUCUGUCCAAAACCAUACACAACUCGUCUGACGCCGGGACGUACUACUGCGCUGUGCUCACAUGUGGACAAAUCCUGUUUGGUGAAGGAACUACAGUGAAGACAAAAAUUCCUGAACAAGAGUGGGACCCUGUAGUCAUUGUCCUUGCGACUCUGUUGGCUCUCUGCGUGAUCGUGAUCGUCGUCCUCGUUUUCUCAAAAAGCUGAAGGAUGGUUACCCAGAGGCACUGCUGGAUUUCUCCCAUUAAUGGAAGUCAAAUAGAAGAAGAA